AAACAGACAAGAAUACAUUGAUAUUUUACGAGAGUGUAACUUUUGGAAUAUAUUUUCCAUUUGUCAAUGGAAUACCCGGUACUGGCAUCCAACGUGUUCCCGGUCUAUUACAAGAUGAAAUGGCCAGAAAGAAGAGUGUAUUAUCUUAUCAUUACUACUGUUGGCUAUUGGAAUCGACACCAUCUACACAGGAUAUGCCAUCAUGGAAACGAUAUUUGUGUGAUCAACUGCUCUUGAAUCAUGCAUUCAAUAAUGUGAAAAGUAUAGUUAAAUUCACUGGUGGCGGACGCUUUUUAACAGAAUUCGGUCUGUGUCUUCCUGAUGGCAAUCCACAUUCAAUAAAUACGGUUGAAUGUAACGCAGUGAUGAAUGCAGCUGACCGUAACUUCGAAUCCUGGACUUAUUGGGACGGAAAUGAAUUAUUUCCUAACUUAAUUGUGAACAACAUUUCCUUGAAAUCAUUCAGUCGUACAUAUCCACAAUCAACUGCCGGUCGACCUGUCCAGCUGAGAUUCGAUGUUGAUUCAGGUGUGUUUUAUUAUGCUUUUGUACCAACACAGAAGUAUUGUACGAAUGUGGACGCAGCAUUGUUAGUUGCAGAGAUUUUUGUUCCAAUGUCGAUUCAUUAUCCAAAUGGAGUGAGAACUCGUUUUAUACCAGAACAAUUGUAUUAUAAAAUAUAUGAAAAUAAUACUAAUUUAAUGUUUGUCUAUGCACCAUGUACGUUGAUCAGCACAAAUAUUGAACUUAUGCAAAUAACCAUCAUACCAAACACAAUUCAAGAUAAGCAUUCAGACAACAAUAAUUAAACUCAUUUACUAACUUAUUCCAAAUCUUUAUCAAUAUUGUUCAUUGUGAACUGUUUGAUGAUAUUUUCACAUCAUAAUGCAAUAAAACUAGACUACAGUAAACUGCAUGCGCUGCAUCAAAGCAAUAACUCAUUAAUCAUUUUGUUCAUUGAUUUAUCACUAUUUACAUUUAUAACUUAAUCGUAAGUAACUGUGAUUAUGCUGACAUUCAAUGUUCUCAAAUUUCCAGUGAUUUGCAUUACAUUUGCGUUCAAGUGAUUAUGACAUACAGUUGAACAUAUUGAAAAGAUUUCAAAUACUACCAAAAUAAGAUGUUUCGCUUAUCAAAACCAGUUUUCUUUUCCAAUGCCUUAACCCUAUUCCAUACACUCGACAUCCUUUCAGAUUUUCCUAUUCAUCAAAUUGUCAAUAAGUUAUGUGAACUUCUCUAGAUGUAAUCACAAAAUGGUCACGUAUUUUCUAUAAAAUAUAAAAGUUUAUAUUUACCGUUGUUCGAAAA